ACACCAUAUGCCAAUAUUGCCAUUCGGAUUUUUUUACUGUACCGCUGCCUUCAUUAAGUAAAAUCGAAUCAAGUAGAAAAGUCGAGAAAGAAUUUACCGAGAACGUAUAACAACAAUCAUUCAGUCGAACAUCCAACAAAUUUCUGUAGAAUCGGUCAUUCCAAAAGUGUGUUUAUCGAAAUUUGUGGCUGUUCCCAUCAUUUUCUGUGAUUGAAUUCAUUUUUUCCGUUUGGUGUGCAAACCUACAAAAACAUAUAGACAAAAAAAAUGGCUAAAUGGGGCGAAGGUGAUCCGAGAUGGAUUGUGGAAGAGCGACCCGAUGCAACGAAUGUGAACAACUGGCAUUGGACAGAAAAGAACGCAACACCCUGGUCGAAGGAUCGAAUACGAAAACUGCUCACCGAUUUCGAAAUCAAAGAUAACAACAUCGAAUGUAAAAUUACCGAAAUAGAAAAGGUUGAUGGUGAGGCUACCGCAAACAAUCGAAAAGGAAAGCUAAUUUUCUUCUACGAAUGGAACGUUUCGUUGAAAUGGAAUGGCUAUCUACCGGGUCAAGAAAAGCCAUGCGAGGGAAAGAUCAUCAUACCGAAUUUGUCCGAAGAAAAUGAUCUGGACGAUGUCCAAAUAGACAUAACCAUGAACGAAUCGACCGACGAGUCUCAUAAAUUAAAGCAAUUUAUGUACAACGUUGGCCGUGACCACAUUCGGAAACAACUUGGUAUUUAUCUGAAAGAACUAAGAGAGGAAUUCUCCAAAGGACUUAUCUUACCCAAAAAGGAUGACAUAAUCAAUCAGAAUAAUACAUUGAAAUCGGAUGGUGUGGCUAACAUGAGCAAUGCAUUCAAUAAGAAAAUCAAUAUGCAACCCAUCGUCUCCACCGACAAUAAAUCUUUGGGAUGCAAAAUAGCAGUUACUACAAUCGCCGUGUCUGAAAAUUUCCAAUGCCGAUCGAAUGAAAUUUACGAUGCAUGGACGAAACAAGAAAUGGUUUGUGCGUUUACGCGCGGACCGUGCAAAUUGGAAGCGAAAAAGGGGGGAAUUUUCGAACUGUUCGGCGGUAACAUCACCGGGAAAUUCGAAGAACUUAUACCGAACAAAAAAAUUGUGCAGUCUUGGCGGUAUAGUCAAUGGCCUUCCGGACAUUUUUCGAAUGUGGUCAUAGAAUUCGACGAAAAGGGUGAUCACACUGAAGUUAAAAUUACUCAAUCUGGUGUCCCGGAGAGUGAGAAAGACGCAACGCUGAAAAAUUGGAGAGGUUAUUACAUCAAUAGCAUCAAACAAACGUUUGGUUUCGGAAACUUUUUAAUGUGAACGCCAGCUCUGAGUGGUUUGUCUUUUCUUUUCUUCUCUUUUUUUUUCAUCAUCGAACCUCGAACAUUUAGUUAAAGAUCGCGUUAGACAAUUUUUACUCUUUCUUUUGAUGGAGUACCGCCUAAGUAUUCUUUUACCUGGCAUAGAUAGCUUCGAUUGGCUUUUACAUUAUUUAUUUUGUACCAAUAUCGCAACGAGAAAUUACUUACAAGAAGAAUAUGGAAAUGUCUUGAAAUUACGGAAAUGUAAUUGGCAGAGACCGUUUUUUGGAUUCUUUUUAAUGUCCAAUUUGUAUGAAAUUUAUAAUUUGAAUAAAAUAAAUUGAACAUUGGUUCGUGAUGAAUACA